AUGACUGAUAAUGAUUUUUCACAGGUAUUAGAGAAGUAUUCGAAUUACCUUGGAACUCCACACGAUAAAAAAGCACUUCUAGCAUUAGGUACUCGACUUUUUGGCACUCAAUCUAACCAACCAAUCGAAAAACCUUCGUAUUCUUUACUUAAACGUAAAGAAGCAGAGUUAAUCAUUAAAGAAGAGAAAACAGAACCAAUUAUCAAGAGUAUUCAUCAAGUUCACGGUCAUGCACGCGUUGAACAACCACAACAACAAACUACAUCUCCAGAUUUAGUGAGCGAAGAACUAUUAAUUUUAUCAGAUAAGAAUGCUUUACUUCUCGCACGCCAGAAAAGAUUAGAAUUUCAAAGAGAUCAAAUGUUACAUUCGUAUGGAGAUCUUAUGGAGCAAAGUGUUCAACGUAAAGUACAACUUAAACUCGAUAUGAACAAACUCAAAGAGGAGCUCAAUGAAGCUUUGCUAAGAUCUCGACCUCAGGAGCAACAAACGAAUGAUCAAUCAAGUCAACAAGAGAAAAGACCAAUUAUGGAUGAAUUACGUGACUUGAAUUCACAAGUAUUAAUGCGUAUCGGUAGCUUCAAGAUGUCGCUUUCAAAGAGUAAUGCUUUUACAGAAAAAGUUGUUUUGGAUCGUUACAAUCCUCAUAUGGAAAAACUACUUGGAGAAAUAUAUUCUUACUCUACUUACUUGCCUGUUAAUGAAGUUAUCGAUAAAUUUAAUCAAGAAGCUGAUAAAGUUGAACAUGAAACAAGAGAUAUCGAAACACAGCUCAAAAGCGAACACGAACGUAACUUACAACUCCAGAAAGAAGCAGAAUUGUUAUCUAAAGAUGUUAAAGAACAAGAAACUAUUGUAACUCUGCUCAAACAAAAGAAUGCACAAUUAACCAAAGAAAUAGAGCUUCUUCAGCAAAUAGGAGAUGAAGAAAUUAAUAAUAUGAACGUAGCAUUCAAGAGUUUGCUAGAUAAUGAAAAUGAUUUGAUGGGCCUUCCUUUAUCUGCUCGUGCUACAGUUGUAACACCAGCUACACAGCCAAUGAGACUCAAACGUUCUGUAUCCAAGAAGAAACUCGUUACAAGAGAAAAAGCAAAGCCAAAAGUUCCAUCAGUUGAUGAAUUUGUUGAACAGAUGAAAUCAAUCCUACUAGAAAAGAUUAACCACUCUCAAUAA